AUGUCCAGCAGGAUUUUCUUCGCUUGUGUCUUUCUCUCUUUGUGUUGCGCAUCCUCCCCGCUGAGCUGCAGGUGGAUGGACCAUAAGUUCCGACAGUACAGCCAAAGCUCUUUAAAUUUGCUGGAUAUGCUGACUUACCCUUACACCAACCAGGAUGCUCAGGCGAGCAUUUGGCCUUUCCCUCAUCACCUGUACACCCAGGCCUCUAGAACAUCUGCUGAGGGUAAACUUGCCUUCACAGUUCAGAUCCUGAGGGAGGUGUCCGCCCUAAUUGUGGAAAACGACAGCUAUUCAUCAUGGGGGGAGAUCACAGUGGAGCAUUUUCUCAAUGUUGUCAACAAACAGGCUGAUGAACUCCAAUCUUGUGUUGGAGGAGAAUGGAGACCAAACAGGAGGCUGCACACAUACUUUAAGAGGCUUUCACAUGGCAUAUUUAGACAAAUGGGCCACAGCACUGAAGCCUCGGAGCUGAUCAGGAGAGAAAUCAAAGUCCACCUAUUCAGAGUGGACCACUUGGUUUCCUCUCUGUUCACCGCUAACUGA